AUGGCCGAUUUUUAUGCCAACAUAUCGGGUUACAGGCAACUUGGGCUAAGGUAUGACGACAUCAUAAUCGAAGAAAACUCCGUCGUUCAGGAAGCAUUGAGGAGGUUGUCACCCAAAGAAUCCGAUCUCAGAAAUAUCCGCAUUCGUAAUGCUUAUCAAUUAUCCUUGACACACAAGAUCUUGCCCAAGGAAAAGUGGACAAAACCCGAGGAAGACAUUCGAUUCCUUUAUCCAAUUGUUGAACAAGUUGCCACCGAGAAAGCCGAACGUGAAGCUUUCGAAUCGAUAAAGGUUGUUCGAACAUACGGUGUUGUUUACAAGGCAAAGGACAAGACAACAGGGAGAAUUGUGGCGCUCAAGAAGAUCCGUUUAGAAGAAGGAGAAGAAGGAAUCCCACCUACUUCAAUUCGCGAAAUAUCUUUACUCAAAGAAGCCACUAAGAAUGAGAACAUUGUAAAACUUUUGGAUAUUGUCAGUCAAGAGAGAAAGCUAUACCUCGUGUUUGAAUUUUUAACGAUGGACCUGAGAAAGUUUAUAAAAGAGAUUCCUAAAGAAAACGGAAUGGAACCUUUAACUAUGCAGAAAUUCAUGUAUCAACUUAUUGAUGGGACCAUGUUCUUGCAUGCGCGUCGUAUCUUUCACCGUGAUUUGAAACCUCAGAACCUGCUAAUCGACUCACAGGGCGAUCUUAAGGUGGCAGAUUUUGGCUUGUCCAGAGCAGCGGGUGUUCCAUUGAAGCCCUACACGCACGAGGUGGUCACCUUGUGGUAUAGAGCACCGGAAAUUCUUCUCGGAUCGCUUCAUUAUGCCUUCGCUAUAGACAUGUGGAGUAUUGGAUGGGAUUCUGAAAUUGAACAACUCUUCAUGGGUUCUAGGAACGCCAAACGAAAAAAUAUGGCCAGGA